CGGUCCACACGACCACACUGCAUGCUGCGCAGACAGGCUACCCAACCCCGCUCACGUCUCCUCGUCCCCAGCCUCUGCCACAACGCGCGCAAGGAUGUCCACGCGUCGCCACGGCCAUGCGCUGCUGCUCGCUGCGCUCCUCGCGUCCGCGCUCGCCGCGGCCAGCCCGCAGCCGGCGUCGCCGGGCAGCUACGACGACUACAUGUCCGGACAGGUGCACGUCAGCAAGGCCAUGAUCGCGCUCCUCGCCGCCGUCAUCGCGGUCUUCGUCUUCAUCGCCUUCUCCACCAUCUACCUCCGCCACUGCACCGGCCACGACGUCAGGCCGGACGACGACCGUGCCAUCCCCAAUUUCGAUGCCUUGCUCUUGCGGUCGCAGAGGCAGCGGUUGCCGCGCGGGCUCGACGCCGAGGUGAUCGAGACGUUCCCCACCAUGAAGUACGCCGAGGCCAAGGCUCUGCGGGUGGGGAAGGGGGGCGCGCUCGAGUGCGCGGUGUGCCUUAGCGAGUUCGAGGACGAGGAGCGGCUCAGGCUCCUGCCCAAGUGCAGCCACGCCUUCCACCCGGAUUGCAUCGGCGAGUGGCUCGCCAGCCACGUGACCUGCCCCGUCUGCCGCAGCAACCUAGACCCUAACAAGGAUACCAGUAGUGACGACGAGCCGAGUUUCCCGGCGCCACCACAAGCGAACAGCAUCUCCAGUGAAAUAGCCGUAGCACGGCAAGAUGACGGCGCGCAACCAGUGGCCAUGGUGAUCGACAUGAUCACUGAGGAGGAGGAGGAGGAACGGAGGAAGGAGGAGAUGGAGAUGCAGCAGAUAGGGAGCCAGCGGCGAGCCAUGCGGUCGCUGUCGGGGCGCCGGCCGGUGACGACGCAGCUCACGCGGUCGAACUCCACGGGCCACUCCCUCGCCGUCCGGCUCGACCGCGACCUGGAGCGGUUCACGCUUCGGCUGCCAGAUCACGUGCGCAGAGAGAUGGUUGCCGCAGGGGAGCACAACUUGCAACUGCGUCGCCGGCGAAGGACCGGGGAGGGAAGCAGCCGCGGCGGCCGUAGCGCACCCCUCGGGCGUUUGGGCAGAUGGCAGUCGCUUCUUGAGAGAACGUUCUCCGGGAAACUGUCGUUCUUCUCGGCGUCAAGAACCGCGGACAGCUCCGACGAGCGUGACAAGGAAGCGCGUGGCCGCCAUUGAUGUCGCCAACGCUCCUGCCAAGGGGAGCCUCCGCCUUGACCGCAUUGGCGGCAGCCCAUCCGAUGCCAAAGCUGGAACUGUGACGCACGAGGCGGCGGCGGACCAGGAGAAAGCAGUUACCCAGCAGGUUCGGACGUAGAAUGGCAACAGAAGAUUUGAACGUAGAACCUUGAAAGUGAUCUUCUUUCACACACAGAAGAAGUGGACUUUUUGGUCUGUGGGCAACUGGGUUCUGAUCUUGUCCUGUAAUCAACGUGGCAGUGCUCGAAAUUCCGUUGAAAAACUUAGGACCUGUUAGGCAACCCUGCA